CGGCCGCUAGGGGUAGCGGCGGCGGCUGCGGCCUGGGAGCGCGGCGGCUUUGAGGGCGCGGGAGCCUUACAGAGCGCCGACGAGGGCAGGCAGGAGGGUGGGAAAGCCGGCAGGAGCGUAGGGCGGCGCCGAAGGAGGGCGGCGCGUGGCUGACUCAUCCCUCUGGAAGAUCAAACUGACAGAGACAAACCCUAGCCAAACUCGCCCGCCCGCGCCGCCCCUCCUCAACCGGGAGGCGCCCGCCCGCACCGCCUACCCGCCCUCUCCCGGCCCGGCCGCCUCACAGAAAGUUUUUCUCGUCCGAGGGACCGACGCCGCCGCGGGCCUUUCGGAAGGGAAGGGGGACCGAAAAGGAGGCGAUCGCCGCGCGGGCCCGGGGAGUGCAUGGUGCCCGGCGUCUCAGCUGCCAGUCAGGAGGACAUCGGGGCGGGGUCCGGCCGAGCCUAGCUCCUUCUUCCCCGGGCCUCGCCAGAAAUCGCCCUCCCGGACUGCCGCGGGGGUCCCCGCUCCUCAGCCCGCCAUGUCCCGGCUGCUGCCGCUGCUGAGGAGCCGGACCGCACGCAGCCUGAGGCCGGGCCCGGCGGCCGCCGCCGCCGCCGCGCCCCGCCCGCCGUCCUGGUGCUGCUGCGGGCGGGGGCUGCUGGCGCUCGCGGCCCCCGGCGGCUCGCGAGGGCUGGGCACCCACCCCAAGAAGGAGCCCAUAGAGGCGCUGAACACGGCGCAGGGCGCGCGCGACUUCAUCUACAGCCUGCACUCCACGGAGAGGAGCUGUCUGCUCAAGGAGUUGCACCGCUUCGAGUCCAUUGCCAUCGCGCAAGGUAUUUCAAGAUGUUCCAGUCAACUGUCAAGGACUUCUCCUCACAGUGUCAGAACUGUAGUGAUGAUGAGAGUAAUGCAACUAGCAAAUAGUUCUGAAAAGUUGGAAGCUGCACCACCCACCCCAGGACAGCUGAGAUACGUAUUCAUCCACAAUGCGAUACCUUUCAUAGGGUUUGGCUUUUUGGAUAAUGCAAUAAUGAUUGUUGCAGGAACCCAUAUUGAGAUGUCUAUCGGAAUUAUUUUGGGAAUUUCAACUAUGGCAGCUGCUGCUUUAGGAAACCUUGUGUCAGAUUUAGCUGGACUUGGACUUGCAGGCUAUGUUGAAGCUUUGGCUUCCAGAUUAGGCCUAUCAAUUCCUGAUCUUACACCAAAGCAAGUGGACAUGUGGCAAACACGUGUUAGUACACAUUUUGGCAAAGCUGUUGGGGUGACUAUUGGCUGCAUUCUAGGAAUGUUUCCUUUGCUUUUCUUUGGAGGAGGUGAAGAAGAUGAAAAACUGGAAAAGAAAAAUUAACCCUAUUAGAAUACCUAUAAAAAGAUGUAAACUAAUGUACCUCAAUUACUAAAUAUGCUGUCACAACAUUUAGGAAUUAAGACAGUAACAGUGUAUAGAUACGGGAUCAAAUAAUUCAGCAUGUAUUAUGGAAAACACUAACUUAUUGUGGCUUGGUUUUCUUAGGACAUCUUUUUAAAAAAUGUUUAGUAUCCAUUUUGUGUAAAUUGUUGAAAUGCUUUUUCAUCAAUGGCAGUCAACAUUUUACCUUUUUCUUUAUAUAUCAAAAUAUCAUUUAAGUAUCAGUCAUUGAUGUACUGUACUAAGUUGGGGUUUGCAUAUUUGUUACUUCAUGUGUGUGCAUGCAUGAAAGGAUCUUCUGUCGUUGCUGUUGUUCUCUAGUUACAACUCAGCCUUGAGAUUUUUGCCACAUAAGAUGUGUAAUAUAAGUUAAAGGUUUUUUUUUACUCUAUUUGGGCAACAUCAAUUUUGUACUGUUUUACAUUGAACAUUUACAAUCAUAUAAUUUUAGUCAUUUUUUAAACUCUUAGUCGUUUCAAGGUAGACACACACUUUAAGUAUUUUAAGUAUCUAUUAUUCACUUUAAUUUUCUGACCUCAAUGUCUCAAGAGCCAGAGGUUAAUCAGAAUGAGUAAUCAUGUGAUGUCCUUAUUACAUAAAACCAUAUAUGUUAGUAGGUGUAUUAUUUUCAGUUGAUUUUUUUAUCUUUAAUUUCUCAAUUUUAAAUCAUUGCAUGGUAGCUUCUGCUCCAAGAAAAUGAUGAUUUUAGGGUCUUUUAUAAAUGGGGAUUGUGGGAUUAGGGUAAAAUAAGGGGUUUGACAUGACACUUGGAAAUUCAGAGGCUAAAAAACUUUUUUAGAGAAAAAGAAAAUGGGAACUGUUGAGAAGGCUUAUGGUAUAAGUGCUAAAGUUGAAGUCAUGUUUGGAAGGUUAACGAGAUACAAAUUCUGUUGUUUGGGAUGGAUUUCUUUUUCCCCAAAACGUCUUCUCAUCUGAAUGAAUCUGAAUACUCCAUACUCAUAAUCCUGAUGUCUUAUCUUAUCACAUAAAAGUUUUAUUUCUGGAUAAUUUACUUUGAGGUGAAGACUAAAUAUUUUAUAUUUUGCUUUUUGGCUAUGAAUAGUAAUCAAAAGUUACGUGAGGAGAAAUCUUUUUUUUUUUUUUUUGUCUUUUUUCUUCUUUGGUGAUGUUUAAAUAAUAUUCUAGGUUGAAAUUGCUGAUUUCCAGCCUUGCAUAUCCAACAUAUAUAGUACAACUAUAUAUGAGUCAUAAAUUUUAUGAGCCCUUAAAGUUUGUUGUUAGCAUGUGGUCUUUUAUAUAAAUGCUAAAAAAUUACUCUUACUUGUAAGAGUAAACUCAUCAUGGAGGAGAAAAACUGAAAUUAAGGUAACUAUUUGUUGCAAAAGAAGGAAAACUUCUUAAGUGGUUGGAUUUACACUUAACUUAGUUUAAAAUUUAUUUGCACAUAUUACUUUGACCUCUUAUUUUGAGAAGGGCUGUUUUUCCCCCACAAGGCAAUUUGUCAUAAAUUACCCUCUCUGUACUUCAAAAUAGCUUAGAGCUAUCCUUUAAUCGUAGAUUUUUGAGAGAAAAGAAGAAAAUAAAUUAUAAUAUAAAAAUAAAUAUAUAACAUUCUUACUAUGUACAAAUAAUACAAUAGUCUAAUUUGAUCAAAUUAGAAUUACAGAACUUGACUUCUUAAACAGAAUCUUGGGGUCUUUAUCUUCCACAUAGUACUACAUACACACCAAAAAGAAUUUUUUAAAUUAUUUUAGCUGAUAGGGUUAGAGUGCUAAUUUAAACAACUUUUUUUUUUAAUGUCUAAGUGCAUUUGUUCCUAACUUGUAUAUUGCCAGUCCUUUCUGUUUUCUAAAAACUAUUUUGUUGUGGUGCUUAAAUUUUCUUCUUAUUAAUUAAAUCCCAUAUCCAGAAAUCUUGCCUGUGAGUUUAGAAAGGGUUUGAUUAUUGGUUUUCACUUUUUGCUCUUGAAAAUAAUCCAGUCCUACAGAAGCUUUCAGUUUAGCUGAAUGUCUGAAGAAUUAUUUAAGGUGUCAAAACAUAGCAUAUAUAACCUUCAUGUUGAAAGAUAUUUUAAUUUGGGGGCAUAAUAUAUAUCUGAAUCAUUCAGAUAAUUAACUUUCAAAAAAUGGAGCCCUUUUGUCCUUAUCUAAGGUACACAUCUUUUCAAGAUCUUAUUCUACAUGAGUAUUGGUGCUUUGCACAAAGUGAUUUCUGAAAAAUGGUUCCCUUUAAGAGAAUGACUUCAUAAAACCAUAGUUUCAUGGUACUUGUCACAAAUAACCUUAUUUCAGAUUGAAACUGGAAUCUUAUUUCUCAUAAUAGCUAUUUCUUUAUUGGAAGCACCAUAACUAUAGUUAAAUACAACAUGAGCUACUUUAGUACUGUUCGUUUAAAAUUCAUGUUGUCUGUGUAUCAUGAUUUAUUGACUUGUUGAUGCAUGUGAAUUGAGUACAUUUUGUUGCCACUGUAUGUUAAAUGGUGACCAAUGUUUUUACAAAGGAAUUGAAAAAAAAACACCUUUUAAGAAAUUUGGAAUGUGGUUUUGAUUUUGAAAUUUGACUUUCUUCCUAAUCUCUAUGGGAAGGCUCUGGUUAUUCUGUCACUAAAGGAAAUAGAAUAAAUAAAUGGGGAUUUUUUACAGGAUUGUAGCAAUGUCACUGAGACAGUAAGAUGGAGCUAUUUACUACCUCCCUGAAAUCCAUAUUGGAGAUCCAUUACAGAUUAUGAGAGAAGAAUGGUCCUAUAUUGAGACAAUUUGAUCUUUAAUAAGAUGUCAAAAAUAACUCUAGAGAGGUUGGCAUAAAUCACACUGAUGGGUCUUUACAGCAGAGAUAUCCAGGCCUUCUGUAAAAUAAAUGCCUCAUUUACUCCUUUUUUGGAGUAGGAGGGAAAUUUUGAAAGUAAUGGGAGUUUAUCUUUCACACAAAAAGUUUAUGUAAACCAUUCUGAAGUAAAUCUUCCUAAUUUUAGAAUUUUAUUUUCUUCCUAUCUGAAAAGAAUGUAUUAAAUGGAAUGUCGUUUUUUUCUUAGUGGCUAAGCACCAUCCCCAUGGACAUUAUUAUUAUGCUGUAAGGCAGUACCUCAGGAAAACUUCCAUUUUCCUCCCAUCUUUUUACUCUGAGCUUUUGGCAAUGGCCUUCUCUCUCUAACUUGCCACUUCUCAGCUAUACGGACUUAGCAACUAGAUAGCCAGUCUUACCAGGAAUUUUUUGGGAAAUAUUAGGCUGUGGAACCUCAGUGAGAUGAUGAUGGUGGUAAUGAUGAUAAUAAUGUUAGCUUCCUUUUAUUAAGCACUUUCUUGCUGUCAUGUAAGUAUUUUACACACUUCAUCACAUUUAAUCACUUUAAUGACGUUAAGUUGGUGCUAUUAUUGUCCCUAUUUUUUACUGGGUAAAUUUUAUGUGGAAAGUUAGUAGUAGACCCAUGAAGUCACUACUAAUAAGUGGACUGGAAUCCAACUUGGUCCAAGUAUAAAGCCUGUGUUACUAUGCAAUAGGGCAUCAGUUGAAUGGACUUUGUAACAUCUCUUCUCUGCUUAGGUUCCUUUUUACCUUCAGAUUUGUGGAGUUAAUUGUUUUCUUACUAAAAACCAAAGGUACUUAUAAUCUCAAUGUUCAUUUAAGAAAUUCUGUGCAUACUACGUGCUCAGAAGUGUUCAAGAAACUGAGUGAACAACCAGAACAUUCUCAUUCUCCUUAAGUUUAUUCUGGGAAGGGGAGACAUCAGUCGGGCAAAUAUACAUUUAAAUAUUUUUUAUUGCAGAUAGUGGUAAGUUCCAGAGACAAAUGAAACGUGGUAAGGGGCAUGGAAAGUACUGGUGUGCAUAUGAGGGCUUAUUUUAUUUUAUUUUAUUUUUAUUUUUUUUAAGAUUUUAUUUAUUUAUUUGAGAGAGAGACAGUGAGAGAGAGCGUGAGCGAGGAGAAGGUCAGAGAGAGAAGUGGACUCCCCGCGGAGCCGGGAGCCCGAUGCGGGACUCGAUCCCGGGACUCCAGGAUCAUGACCUGAGCCGAAGGCAGUCGUCCAACCAACUGAGCCACCCAGGCGUCCCUGAGGGUUUAUUUUUAUGGAGUGGUCAGGGAAGACCUGAAAGAAGUGAGGACAUUAACAAGACAUGUUAUGGAAAUCUCAGACAUGUGAGGUGUGUUUCACUUGGGAAUGUAUUGUAAAUUUUUUUUUGUUUUGCACUAUUAAGACUUUCUGGAUUAAAUCUAAAUAAUAUUUAAAUAUUAGAAUUGAUAAUCCCUGCAUAUUUACUGACAGCAGUAGAUGGAAAUGGCCCUGAAGCCUGGGGAAGCUGCCUGGGAAUUCAGACUGUAUAUGGAUAACCCAUCUGCAAAUUAUUUAGGGUUUGUCAUGUGCUCAUCAUGAAAUCUUACUAACAGAUCACAUGUUUUUACCAAAGCAAUAAAUGCUAUUGGUAUAUGAGUUGUAACACUGAAAUUGGUUUCUCUUCUUUAACUUUUAGAAAUGAAGUACUGCUUAAAGCAAGGACAUAAAACAUUUUAAUUUUGAAGCUUUCAGAACUUUUAGUGUCUACCGAUCUUGUGCUGACAGCAAUAUGAAGCACAUGGUGUUGUGUAUUGGUUUUUAUAAUAAAAUGUAUGACAUCAAACAUGUUAAUGCCAUUGAUGGAUUUACGAAUGAAAGAAAUUUGAGCAAAUUCUUUUAUUGACACCAGUUAAAAGAAUAAGCACCUGAGAGAUUGCAUGAUUUCCCCACAACUACAAGUCAAACUUUUUGUUUACAGGAAUAGAAUGUGAGAGUGGCAACUCAAGAAUUAAACUCAAAGGAACUACUUUUGAGGAGAGCUGGGGUGAACCUUCAAAACCUGUUUGAUGAAGGAAUUUUUUGUGAGAAUUGUGAAAUUCAGUAAAGAUUUGGCAUUUGUUAAUAUGAAAGCUA